AUGUCCACCUCCAAACAAAAACCCACCACCACCACCACAACCAAACCCUCCCCAUCUCCAUCUCAGCAAAAACCCCACCUCAGCGCCAACUUCGCCCACCCCUCCUCGCACCAAAUCGACUACGACCACGAAACCUACCUGCAUUUGAUCGGCGGGGGCGGGGAGGGCAAAAACCAGCCGAAGACGCUGAAUCAGGUGUUUCGGGAGAAUCUGGUGCGGCGGAGUUCGACGCGCGCGUUGGAUCCGGCGGUUGUGGAUCCUCGGGGGCAGCGGGAUCCGAGUCCCCUGGACUUGGAGUGGGCGGAGAGUCAGAGGGUGAGGGAUCGGUUGGUUGGGGGGUGA